UCAUUCGAAUCAUUUGAUCGAAAGAAGAUGUUUCGAGCGGUCAUCGUUUCCUCUCUACUUGCAUUCGUGUUUUCAAUGUACAUUGCGGACCCGGCAAAAUGGGAACGCCAUCAGUACUUGGUGAAGGUACUCACUAAGGAUACCAAACUGAAGAAUAUCUCAACUUGCACGGGAACUCUUUUGUCUCCAUCCGUUGUGCUAACCAGCUCGAAAUGUUUCCCAGACACCAGAAAGAACCUUAUUGCACAAGCUAUUAUCAAAAAGAAGGAUUCCUCUGCUACCAUGAACAAAGCAAUGCUUGCUGUGAAAAUUGACGGCGACUUGGCUCUGAUGAAAAUCGAUGCGGUUAAUGAAGAUCAUUUUUGCGAUAAGGAGCCACACCCACCAAGAGUUGCACGGCUCAACUUCAAACCAAGCUUGACUGAUGCUACUUACCGUACAAUUGUGCCAAGGGAUCUUCAAGAUUCCAAAUGUAGAGUGAUUGGAUUUGAAACUACGGAAGAUGUGGAAGACUUCGCUACUUCACACAAAGUCCAAGUAUUGGAUCUUGAUGUUCACGCUGACACAGAAAAUCUCAUGUUCUCAGAAGUUAACAGUAACUCUACAGGUCGUGUUUGCUGGGAUGAUAUAGGAGCACCACUGGAAUGUGUUCUGGAUGUAGAAAACAAUAAAUAUGUUCAAGUAGGAAUUGUUUCUGGUCUCUACGGGCGUGAGAUGGACAAGGAAGACAACAGCACAAUGGUGGUUGUCAACUGCUCAGAAGUUCAGACCAUGCAAUUUGUUGUCUUUAGCGACAAUACAUUUGUCCAUGCUAUUGAGAAUGUGGACAAGGCUAGCGUUUUUGAAGCACAGGACAAAUGCUUCUAAUUUAAAUUCCACUUUUUCAUUCUUCAUUCCCUUUGAAAUAAAUGUUUUUAUGAUGCAAUAAACACUUGUUGGUCCCUUAUAACGUAUUGAUUUUCGUGUGCACAUUUUGUGUUUGCUCUGUACUUCUAUUCUUACGUUUGCAUCUUUCAUUCUAUCCUUUGGUUUCAAUUAAAAUUGUUGCAAAAACCUAAAUGAACAUCGGUCUUUUUC